UCCACUAUCGCAGUCUGUUAUCGUUGUGCAGUUGAGACUGUUGUCCCCACAGGCUAGCUUAGUGGCAGAGUAUAGUUAGUAAAACUAGUUGAAUCAUCAAUUUGUGCACGUGCAAAAUUCAAACUAAGCUGGUUAGUUAGUUCGGUGUUCUGCCGGAAGGAUUGGCAAUAAAUCAGUUCCGCCACUGUUGUAUCCAAUCACCGACGCCCAGGGAGGCGACUCCACACCCAGGACCCUAACUCACGACCCGUUUAUUAACGGACCGGCGCCAACGGCUUUACUUCCUCAUGCGAUGGAAGGCGUGAUCCCAGAGAUUUUUCGCCUCAGAAAAUCUCCCGGUGUCGGCUAGGAUUGAAUCUAGACAAGUUGGGUUGGUUGUGAGUGAAUCACGCCACCUCACAACCAUCGACACCUAUGUCGGCGGUGGGAUUCGAACCCAGGCGUCGAGCGUGGUUGGCGGAGACAUUACCAACCACACUAGGCCCCGCUAUUGAAAGAUAUGUCGCCUUAACCCCUUUCGCAUAAGUAUAGCGUAUACUAUACCAGACAUAAUUUUGCUGAUAACAAAAUUUAGUGUCAGUGUGUAACUAACAUAAGCGUAAAUUGCUUCUAGUAGUGGAUCCAGAAUGAACACAUUGCAAUUGCCUCCAUAGCGAUGGCUCGAUGACGACCUUGAUAUCUCGACAAACAACAACAAGUGCGUCGCCUCAUGAACCACAACACGUUGGUGCUUCUCCGUUGUUGCCAGUAAACUAUUGACAGUCUCCGCGUUUGGAACGUGUACUACAUUAUGUUAGGCUCCAAAUUGAGCGUGUCUCGAUUAAACAAGUGAAAUUUGAUAACCUUGCUAAUUAUAGGGUUCAAUUGGUUUACACUGUGAUGCCUGAAAUACGAUACGGCAUGAUAUGUGAACGUUAAAAGGUGUGCCUUUGCAUUGCAAAGUGAUUGCAUGUGAAAAUACGAUAUGGCUAGGCGAGUCAUCAAAACAAGUGUCGGAUCAAGCGAAGGAUCACCGACAUCUACCAGGAGCUCUUCCCGUUUCCUUGUGGUGGAUUUUACGAAUGAUAAUGAAGAGAUUGCUCACAAAUCAUUCAACGUGCAUCAGAACCCCCCAGCCCAGGACUUCUACCAGCUCAAACAGCGCUGCCUCACCGAAGGAAAACUUUUCGAAGAUCCCGACUUUCCACCGGUGCACGCUUCUCUCACGAAAAGUCAAUCUAAGGUAGACCCGUCGAUCGAAUGGCUCCGUUCCGGUCAGAUGUGCCGGAAGCCAAAGUUCUUUCACGACGGUGCGUCCCGAUUCGACGUUCGCCAGGGCAGUCUUAACGACUGUUGGCUCCUGACGGCGACCGCGAACCUUACCGCCAAUCGGCGCCUAUUUCGAAAAGCGGUCCCUCUGGACAACUCCUUCGCCGAGGACGAAUACGGAGGAAUAUUCCAUUUUCGCUUCUGGCAGUUUGGCCAAUGGGUGGAUGUGGUGAUUGACGAUCGACUUCCGACCCAAAAGGGUGAGCUGAUUUUUAUGCGAUCUGCCCAUAAGAACGAAUUUUGGAGUGCACUGUUGGAAAAAGCGUACGCCAAACUUCACGGUUCGUACGAGGCCUUAAAUGGCGGUUCGGCUAGAGAAGCAAUGCAAGAUUUCACCGGAGGCAUAACCGAGUGGUAUCGCUUGAAAGGAACAGAGACGCCAGACAAUCUGUUCGAGAUCAUUCAGAGCGGGUUCGAAAGAGAUUCUAUGUUCGCCUGUAGUAUUCAGGCCGAUCCAUCGAAAUCAGUGGUUCACACUCCCCAAGGAUUACUGAAGGGUCAUUCUUAUUCAAUCACCAAAACACAUAUUUUCGACCCCACAAAACAUCAGCUGGUGCGGCUACGCAAUCCUUGGGGUGACGGAAUCGAAUGGAAUGGCCCCUGGAGCGAUCGAUCCAAAGAAUGGGAUGCAAUUCCCAAGGUUCAACGCAAAGAGAUAGGACUUUCCAUUGAGAAUGAUGGAGAGUUUUGGAUGAGUUUCACCGACUUCGUCCGUUAUUUCGACCGGGUAGAAAUAUGCAAUUUAUCUCCAGAUCCAUUAGACGAUCCGGACGCGAGUCUGCGCGGUUGGCAAGUGUCAACAGUCGAUGGAGAAUGGGUAAAAGGAUCCACAGCCGGUGGAUGCAUUGACUUUAUGGAAUCUUUUUGGACAAAUCCACAAUAUGUGAUACGGUUGAAUCAGCCGGAUCGUGAUGGAAACACAGGAAUGUGCACAGUAGUGAUCGCGCUUAUGCAAAAAUUCCGCAGAGCAGAAGAUCUUGCCAGUUUGACCAUCGGUUUUCUCGUUUACCGAAUAACCGAAGAAGACCUUCGUCAUAAACCCGUCCCUAAGAAAUUCUUCCAAAAGAACGAACAUCGCAUUGCUGCGCGAUCCAUUUACAUCAAUUCACGAGAAGUCAGUUGCCGUUUGAGGCUUAGUCCAGGAGUCUACCUAGUCGUACCGUCGACCUUGCAACCCAAUGAAGAGGGAGAGUUUCUAGUUAGAAUUUUCUCCGAAAUGCAAAACUGCUUAGAGGAAAACGACUGUACAGUAUGCUUUGGAACGAUGGAUGAUCGAGUAUCAGGACCACUGCUGGAGAAUGACGAUUGGGAGCAAAUGGUCCGCUGUUUCUACGAUAUGGCCGAUCGCAAGGGAGAGAUCGAUCAUCUAGUUUUAGGUACCAUUCUAAACAAAUUCUUUUUCGCUCCACCACCCAAACUGAAGAAACGCAAAAGUGUUUGGAAAACCCUUCAACUGCGACUACAGCAUAUUCUGUUAUGCUGGUGGAUCUGCUCCGUUCGACCAAAAGCAUCAACUGCAAACACGAGCACAACAAACCGAGACGUGGUGCAGAAAAUUUCCAAACUUUUGAUUUCACGGGUUAAUUUGAACAAGUCGACCCAGCUAAACUACGAUCAGUUCCGCACGAUCAUACGCGAUGUACAACAGUGGCAGGCAGUUUUCAAACUGUACGACACGGACAACAGUGGACAUCUCGACCGGAAGGAACUGAAAAAUGCAUUGAACUCAUCCGGAUUCAACGUUAACAAUCGCGUUCUACACGAGCUCAUGAAGCGCUGUCGGGAACGGGGUCUGGAAACGAUGGAGUUGCUGGAUUUUGUGUUAUGUGCCGUAGAAGGACGGAAUGCUAUUGAAAAACUGAACCAUGAACUAGUGGACAAGUCAUGCCACAAAUCAGCUCUCGAUAGAAUUAAAUAGUAUGUCCCGGUGGAUGAAAACUUUCAGACACUUACAGCCAAACUUCAAUAUGCCAUUGCUUUGUGUUUACUGCCAAUAAGUACUUUGCUGGUAAAUGAAUGACAAUCACUAAAUCGCAAAAGUAAGAUAUACUUACAGUAACUAUUAUACACUUAAUUUUACAAAUAAACAACAAAUUUCAAUAUAAAAUAUCAAAUACCAAUACGUUGAGUUGUUAGAAAAAGCAUGUAAUAUAUUACUUAUUGUUAACGCUUAACGAAUAAAGUUCAUUCAACUAUCGUGCAACUGCAAUACUGUAAAACAUCAACUCACAUUUUUUUACUGCUCAUUCGAUAAUCGACCACCUUUUUUUUUAAUAUUACGUAUUUAAUCUGAAUCAAGUUUAUAUGAGAAUCGAUACACGGGAGUCUGAACUACCAUGGAAAAAUUUAUUGAGACUCUAUCGUAUGCGCGAUCUUGAUUAAAAAUAUUAUUUUCACAAAAAGGUAAUAUUAAAAUGUAUUCAGUUUUUUACGUGGGUACGGUGUUCCAAAUACCGUUAUUAUAAAAUAAAAUACGCCAUCAAAACUGUUAA